AUGCUCAACCCCCGCACCCUCAACAAGAUCCAGAUCUGCCAGACCAACUACACCGCCGACCUGCUGGAGUGGGUUGACCCGGAAAACCUGCCGGCCUGGCUCGGCGGCCGGUCAAAGGGCACGCUUCUGGACGACGUCGGCCCCUGGUCCGACCCCGAGGUGCUCCACCGCCUGGAGGCAGACCUGCCCGCAGCCGGCCGCGCGCUCAGGGCGCUGCGGCACAGCGCCGCCACCAACCUGGCCGAGGAGGGGGAGGAGGACGGAUACCAGUCACCCAGGUCUGAGGCAUCCUUUGUGUCUGUGGUCUCCACCAACAGCAGCAUAAACCAGACCUCCAGCUUGGUGGAGGCCGGCAGCGGCCCAAGCCUCCCGCAGCAGCUCUCAUUCACGAGCGGCCAGGACAAGGGCAGGGCCGCCUCAGCGCCAUCGCCGCUGCAGCAGCAGGGCCCUGCCGCAGCGGCGGCGGCGGCGGCCGCGGCGCACGGAGCAGCGGCACGGGCGCAGUCGCAGGGCGCGGCGGACACGCGGGAGGGCGCGGAGGCGGCGGCGCGCGGCAGCUUUGACCAGGCGGCCAUCUUGGCAGCGGCGGCCGCGGCCAGGACCCAGUCGCUGGUCGAGCGCGUGCAGGCCCUGGAGCAGCUCUACGCGCAGCAGAUGCAGCGGCUGAAGGGCUACAUGCCCUCCGGCGCCGUCGCGCGCGCCGCCGAGCGGCGGCUGGCCGCGUCGGCGCCGGAGGGCAGCCUGCUGCGGCGCGUGGACCUGCUGGAAGACGGCCUCGAGCUGCUGCUGCGCGCGCAGGACCUGUCGUGGCAGGAGGAGGAGCGGCGGCGCGCGCGGGACGGCUGCUGCGGCGGCGGCGGGCACGCGAAGCACGUGGUGACCGGCGCAACAUGCAGCAGCGCGCCACGAGGCCGCGCACUGCUGCGCGCCAGCGCUGCAGCACACCUGGGCGAAUGCGGGCGGUGGCAGCAGCAGCAGGGCGUCAAGAGAGCAGUGCGAGCAGCUGCGGUGCCAAACAGCACCCUCGAGCAGGUCCCCCUGGUGAUCAGCCAGCAGCUGGCCGUGGACUCGCCCGCGCGCGUGCGGCGCCUGGAGACGCUGGUUGAGCUGAAGAAGCUGUUCAGAAACUGCCUGCGCGCGGAGACGCUGCUGGCGCUGCCGUCGCCCGUCUACACGCUGCAGCCGCUGCCCUCCGGCGACGUCCGCCACAACGGCCUCGACAGCCGCGACUCCCAGGCGAGCGUCGAGGAGGAGCAGGAGCGCCUGCAGGCGGCGGUCGAGCUGAUUGCAGAGAUGCAGCUCACGUCAGACCAGCUGCGCCAGGGCUUGCGUUCGCCGGCGCUGGCCGGCGGCUUCGGGCGCGAGUUCUGGGGGGAGCCGCCGGCGGAGGACGCGGAGGCAGCGGUGCGGGAGGCGGCGCGGGGCUUUGCGCAGCGGCUGCGGGACCGGGCGGCGGCGGAGCUGCCGGCGCUGCCGUUUGACAGCGAGGCGCAGGCCCAGGUCGCGCUGGACGUCCGCAACAGCCGCUACAACCGCCGCCUGCAGCAGGUCGUGGAGGACGCGGAGAAGGUGGCCGAAAAGUUUGUUGCCAACCGCAUCAAGCCGGCGCUGCAGCGGGCCCAGGAGAAGGACGUUGUGGAGGUGGUGCGUGAGAGCGGCACCUACCUGAAAGGCCUCUGGGACCGCCUCAACGGCGGCGGCGCCCGCGGCGGCCGCCGCCUGCCCGCUGGGCUUCCGCUGCCGGCGUCCUCCAAGAAGGAGGUCGAGCGCAUCAUAUCCGAGCUGGGGCGCGAGCUGGAGAGCCUGGAGAAGCGGCUGCAGGAGGCGUCGAAGGCGCGGGAGAGCAAGCUGCGGAAGGCGCCCGCUCUGCCUUGGGGUGUUCCCUGA